AUGGAGAGAGUCAUUACAUAUCCCAGGCAUGGGUAUGUGGACCACUUCCCACUUAUAGGAAAAUGGAUGUUAAAGUAUGAAAGUUCACAGAACUGGAAGGAUGAUGCAGGCAGCAUUUGUGUGGGAGAAUUACUCCUGGAACUGAAUCCAGACAUGGGCACAGACCACGACAGUGAAAAUUGGAAGGGAGUGCAUAAGAUGGUGGUGGAAAGUGCGUAUGAGGUCAUCAAGCUGAAAGGAUAUACCAACUGGGCCACUGGACUGAGUGUGGCUGAUCUCAUUGAAACCAUGUUCAAAAAUCUCUCCAGGAUUCACCCCAUAUCAACAAUGGUGAAGGGAAUGUAUGGUAUUGAGAACGAAGUCUUCCUGAGCAUUCCCUGUAUCCUGAAUGCUCGCGGCUUGACCAGUGUUAUCAACAAGAAGCUGAAGGAUGAUGAGGUCGCACAACGCAAGAAAAGCGCUGAUACCCUGUGGAACAUCCAGAAGGACCUCAAAGACCUGUGA